GUCAUGUUCACCGGCGCGAAGGCGGCGAAGGCCGUUGGUGGGGGCUAUAAAGACUUCAACGGUCUCCUCAACAAUUCGGACAUGAGCAAGGAGAUCUCCGCUCUGGAGACGAUGCUCAAGGUCGGCGUCAACAAGUCGGUAGUGAUGGACCCAUCUUGGAGAAAGUUCUUACCGAACGAGACGGAAGGGAUGAACGAGUCGCAGAUGAGG